UACAAAAUGUCUCAUCCAUAUUUUUACCCAUUUAUUCUUAAAUGACUGUUUAGCUAAACCUAUCUUUUGUAUUUCCAGCUCAUGUCAAGGGAAGAAGAAAUCCAAAGACUGAGUCUGAACACAAGAGGAAAUUCAUAGGGAACUUGAACAUAAAGAGGCCCAAUUACAGAGGCUGGAGUCCGACUUCUCUAUUGCUAAAGAAGAAAGUCUGAAGAUAUACUGAUGUCAAGGGAAGAAGAGAUCCAAAGACUGAGUCUGAACACAGAGGAGAUUCAUAGGGAACUUGAACAUAAAGAGGCCCAAUAACAGAGGCUGGAGUCUGACAUCUCUAUUGCUAAAGAAGAAAGAAGAAAGUCUGAAGAUAUACUGAUGUCAAGGGAAGAAGAGAUCCAAAGACUGAGUCUGAACACAGAGGAGAUUCAUAGGGAACUUGAACAUAAAGAGGCCCAAUAACAGAGGCUGGAGUCUGACUUCUCUAUUGCUAAAGAAGAAAGAAGAAAGUCUGAAGAUAUACUCAUGUCAAGGGAAGAAGAAAUCCAAAGACUGAGUCUGAACACAAGAGGAAAUUCAUAGGGAACUUGAACAUAAAGAGGCCCAAUUACAGAGGCUGGAGUCCGACUUCUCUAUUGCUAAAGAAGAAAGUCUGAAGAUAUACUCAUGUCAAGGGAAGAAGAAAUCCAAAGACUGAGUCUGAACACAAGAGGAAAUUCAUAGGGAACUUGAACAUAAAGAGGCCCAAUUACAGAGGCUGGAGUCCGACUUCUCUAUUGCUAAAGAAGAAAGUCUGAAGAUAUACUGAUGUCAAGGGAAGAAGAGAUCUAAAGACUGAGUCUGAACACAGAGGAAAUUCAUAGGGAACUUGAACGUAAAGAGGCCCAAUUACAGAGGCUGGAGUCUGACUUCUCUAUUGCUAAAUAUAUAGUAAAUUCGUGGCUAGUUGGCAUGGGCUGAUGUACUUUCUAAUGGUGGUCCUGUGUUUUGUUCAAGUUGGUGCUGAUUAUACUGUAGAAAAAGACAUAAUCCAAAUAAUUAAUUAUGGGGUCAUCUUUAAAGAAGAGGCAAACCUGUUUUAGCCAAAGAAUCAUGGCUUCAUACAUUUAAGGUUCAAAUUCCCCAUAACAUUCAUUUAUCAGAAGAGUUACCUUUAUGUCAGAGACAAACACAUGUUCAUGAUUGUAAUACAUUUAACGCAAUGUAAAUUUUAUAAGUUAUUUACAUAAAACUACAGAAAUGCACUUAUUAGAUACAAUUAAAGCCAUUCAUACUUUAAUUCCUCACAGUACUAUUUUGUCAUCAAAACGAAAUAUUCGUUCAUUUUUACCAUUCAUUGGCUCACUUGCUAAAGGUCUUUUUGGUACAUCAACAAUGAGUGAUGUAAAUUUACUUGCUAGACACAUAAACGCACUCAAUAAGAGAACUGAAUUAUUAUCUGACGUUCUACACCAGCAUGGUGACCACUUAUCAUCCUAUAUGUCAGUAAUGGACAAUAGGACAACCAAUCUGAUGUCUGGAAUUCAAAUCAAUUCAAAAGAGAUAGCCACAUUGGCUCAUUCAAUGAACUUGUCAUUAGUUACCUUACAGCAAUCCAUGUUUAAUAUUUUCCAAAUACUCAUUAACCUCACUAAUACAGGCAAUAUAUUACGAAGAAAUUUGGACCAGUUCCAAGCCGCAGUGCAAAGCCUUGUCAUGGGCAGAGUCUCACCACUAUUAUUGCUAAAACAAACCCUAACACAUGCACUCCAUAAGGUUCAAGGAAUAUCAACAAAAUCGUAUCCAGGAUUCUAUCUAACACAGUUACAUCCUUCCUUCUACUAUACUAACCGUAACUUUAUGUUUAUGCGUAACCACUCCAUCCUAUACCUAACACUCAGAUUUCCAGUUUCAUCACAUUCACAACCUCUUCAGCUUUUUAAAGUAAUUUCUCUACCUGUUCCAGUAAAUAACACUCUGAAGCAUGCAACUAAACUGCUUGAUUUACCAGAUUUUCUUGCUCUUACCCACCAGCAUGAUUAUUAUCUCCCCUUAUCUUCUAACCAAUUAACUAAUUGCCAGCAUGUAAGUGUUAUCACAUGCAGUUUCAAUAUUGCACUUGUCCCAUCGCAUGUUAAACAAUGCACCAUUGCACUAUUCAACAAUGACAAGAAGCAGGUCAAAAGCCUGUGCAAUUUCAGAUUUUUGGAAAAUCAUUUAACACAUGACAUCAUUGAAUUGAGCUCCACAUCAGUAUUGGUGUAUCAAAGUGAUAAGCUUGCUAUUAAUUGUCACAACAAGCAAAAUCUCCUUCCAGGAUGCAAAGAUUGUGUUGUCAGUUUACCAUGCAAGUGUUCACUUUCCACAAAAUCAUUAUAUUUAUCACCAAGAUUAGUCCAAUGUUACAACAACACACAAGAAGUGUCAGUUCAAUAUCCUGUAAAUUUAGCAUUGUUGCAAGAAUAUUUUAGUGAUAAGCAAUUAUCCUCCACAUCAUACAACAAGUCUCAAAAGUAAAAUCUCAAGAAAUACCAUCAUUUAUAUAUAAGAAACUCACACCACCUACUACAAGUGCAUCAGAACUAGAGACAUUUUUUGCUUCUCAAUUUUCUUGGCUACAUGCCUCAGUGAUUUUGAGUGUAAUUGUAUUCAUAUUUUUAUCUGUACUGAUUUGUUUUUUGUAUCGAUCAAGAAAGUCCAAAUGCACCACCAUUUACUUAGAGAUUACAUCAGGUGCUGACUGUGUUACAGUACCAUUGCUUAGCUUAUCUGUGUGUCCAUCAUAUUACGACAGUAUACCUUCUGUAGAUGAUAUAUCAAUUUCAUCCUUUCAUCAGAGUAAAUUAUAUGUUAUUAUUUCAUCAUUUGUUAUUACAAACAAGCUUACCAACAAGACUGUGAACAUUCCUACUACAAUUGAUCUUAAUGUAUUUAAAAGGCAUAGAAUUAACAAAAUAUUAGCUCAGACAUUUGAUUCUUAUGUAUUAGUUACACAUCAAGGGUUUGCUUCAGUUUUGAAUCCACCACGAACUAUUCAAAAAGUGCAACAAGCUUCAAAUCAAACUUCUGUUUCCUUAUUUCCACAUUUAGAAUAAUCAAUUUUAUUUUAAAAGCAAAUUGUUCUUAUGAUUUCUUUUUAAUUGUUCAACUAUUAGAUUUUAAUAAUGAAUUUUAACAUCUUAAAUUAAACUGUAUUUCUGCAGUAAUUUUUGUCUAAUAUAUUUCAUUUCACCGAAUAAUUAGUUCUAUUCCAUAAGUAGUGCUGAAUCCUCAACCUCUUGAAUAUUUUCCAAAUUGUUUUAAGUGAUAAGGUAUUUUUUUAGACAACUUUUUUCAGAAAUAGUUAGAUGCAUUUAUUGUUUUGAAUUAAAGACCUUGUAACUCAGGACCUGUGUUUAUGAUCAAUUAUUGAAUAUUUAGGUAUGUAUAUAUAUUUUGUAUGUUUACUUUUGUAUGUAUGGAACAAUACACAGUUAUCAUGUAUGUGUAAUUGACUAACCCCUACUUUACUUAGUAUUUUACAGGAAUAUGUCAAGAUUUCGGGUCGAAAUCAACUGAAGUAAGGGGGAGUUGUCAUGGUAUCAUUUUGAACAGAUUUUAUUAUUUUUGUGAAAUUCUUAAUUUCAGUAAAAAUUGGAAAAGUUCUAAGUUUAAAGCAAAUUAUUUUAGUUAAACAUUUUAUUUCAAUUCUGGACAGACAUUUUAAUAGCUUUAGUUUUGAUUUUCACACAAACAUAUUUCCUUUUAGUAAGCCUUAUUGUGUUGUAUAUAGAUUACGUAAGAAGAUAUCGGACAAUGGUCAGAAUGUGUUGACAGAUAUGAUUUUUAAAGUGAAGCCGACAUGUAAUAAGGUUUUUUUCGGAUUGUUUCUAUUGUUAAUAUCCGGCUCAAAUAGGGUAUAGAGUAAACAUUGAUAGCGGGAUUACAUAAGUAAUUAAGAUAUUUUUUAGUCUUAAGCGUCACUUAUGACCCUACCCAUUUUCUGUCAAUUAGACUAAAGUUGUCAUGGUUUUUGAUUAAAUGUUAAUUUUGAUUGGACAAACCUGAAACAGUCCACAAAUUCGAAUCUAAAAAGUUAUUUCCAAAAAGCGCCACUUUUACAUGCGCUCUUUGGAAAUAAAGACAUAAAACUAUUUCAAGUUUUAUUGAAUAUUGUUUCAGGUAAGCAAAGUUAAUUUUAUUUUGUUAAAUAUAAUCUUAAGCAUUUUGUUUAAAGGUUUUCAUAACCUAAAAGUAACUUCUGAUAAAAUUAUUAAUUUGCUAAUGCUUUAUUCUUUUUGAAUAGAAAUAGGUUUAUUUUCCUUUUGUAAAAUCUUCAGCACUUUCAUAGUUAUUUUAUUUAAUAAGAGUUUUCAUCUUUUAUUAUCUUUAUAAAGAAGUUAAUUAUCAAGAUAUUUUCUUUAUGCUAUAAUUGUAAAUAGUUGUAAAUAAUGUGUUUUUUAAAGAAAAGUUUUUGGUUCUGAUCGGAAAAUGGUAUACUUAUUUUAUGUUUUUAUAGUUAUUUAUAACAUCCGCCUGUUUUGUCGCACUGACAAGAAAUAAGAAAUAAUAAUUCACCUUAAAUUCACUAUUGCAUUGAAGUUAUAAUGUUUUCAAUGGUAAGGUUUUAUAAUUCGAAAGCCUUUUAGGCAUGAUUUCUUGAUGUGCAGUUUAUUUGACAUGUUAUUGUCAGCAAACGCAUGGUUUGUUAUUUUUCUAUAAAUAGCACGUUAUUGCGUAAACUUAUUUUUAGCAAGUAUACAUGUAAGACAUAUUCUAUAGCUAGUUCCCCACAACAAAGUAUUAUAUAUAUUUCAUUGCGUAACAAGAUUUCAUGAUAGAAAAGUUUCUAUUCUACAAUUGCCCCCCCCCCCCUUUUUUUUAUUGUGUAAAGAGUUAUUACCCCUUAACAGAUUAAAAAAGAGUUAUUCCUCCUUAACAGAUUAAAAAAAGAGUUAUUCCCCCUUAACGGAGAUAUGGUUAGAUAAGUAACCUCAUUGUUUGAAUUGGAGUUUCAUAAGAAAGACGUUUAUAUUAUUCCUUUAUUUAAUUCUCAGUGUUUAGAAUAAAGUUUAACCAAAUACCUUAAAAAUGCUCUACCAUGUUUAUAUUUGAAUGUUUAGAAUAUUUAUGCAAAAGAAAUGAGAUGUUGCUCAUACAUUAAGUAUUGCGAUACACAUUAUGUUCAUGUUUCAGAAUAUUUAUGAAAUAUUUAAUUAUGAUAGGUCUAUUGCAUUAUCUAAUGGAAUUAUACUUGCAUUAUUAUAUUGAUUUAUACUUAUGAAUAUUGUUUGUCAUUUUAUAUUAUAACUGCUAUUAUAAUUAGACUUUUACAUGCGCUCUUUGGAAAUAAAGACAUAAAACUAU